GACAGUUUACUCCGCCUGCAAAUCAUCAGAUAGAUAACUGCCUAUUCCAGCAACGAAGCGCUCAGGCGUUCCAGCUUCAGGGCCUUCUACUGUACAUUUGAGACUCUCCAGGUGAUCGCUUUCUACGAGCUGCGGUACUAAUUGACAUCAGACAAGAUUACGACGACGAAGAACCUAGAAGACCGCUUAUGACCGCCUAUGACCGCCUACCAUCGGCCGGCCGAGGGGCUUCGAGCCGAAAUGCUACUCCUCAAUCGUGUUGUCAUUAGCUAAGCCGCUUGCGACUUUAUGCUGAUGUUGAUGUUGUUAUCAGCGUAUCUCCCCUCGAAGGCUAACUAGCGAUUAUUCAUCAGUACACACCACCGAGGAUAGUGUUGCGACACGGCUCGUGCGCCGCGGAUAUAUACCGCGGACGCUUCCAACACAACAUCACUUGUCUGCUAACCGACAUCGCAUCAUGAGAGCAUUCGUUGUAAUCUGCGCCCUGGUGGCCCUCGCCUCUGCUGGUGACGUUGGAAAUGUACGUGAGAAGCGCGGCUUCCUCGGCGGACUCGGUGGCGGCAUUGGCGGCUACGGCGGAUAUGGCGGCGGCUACGGUGGCGGCUCCGGCGGCUAUGGCGGAUACAGCGGUGGUUAUGGCGGAUACGGCGGUGGUUAUGGCGGAUACGGCGGCUCUGUCAUCAGUGCGCCGGCCACUCGUGUUGUUGCCGUCAACAAGGUCGUGAACGUCCCCAGGGUGGUCAGCGUACCUCAAGUAAUCCACGUCAACAAAGUAGUGUCCCAGCCCCAGCUUGUUACCGUUAAGAAGGUUAUCUCCUCUCCGUCUAUCGGCGGCUAUGGCGGUUACGGCGGAUAUUCCGGUGGAUACUCUGGUGGAUACUCUGGCGGCUACGGCGGUGGUCACGGUGGUUACAGUGGCGGAUACAGCAGCGGAUACGGCAACGGAUGGUGGUGAACUAGUCAUUAACUGUGAAAAAAUUUAGUUAUCAUGUUUAGUUUAUGUAUAAAUAAAUUUUUAUUUUAUCUAAAACAAA